GCCAUUUUCAAGUCGGUCAUCUCGCACGCCGCAUUUCGACGGAGCCAACUGUUCCAAGUGGAGACAUUUUCCGAACUCAGGCUAAAGGACAGCGCACUACCAUGUCAACGGACCAUUUUCAGACGAAGUACGCCUCCUUUAUGGAGGUUCUGGUGAAAAGUACGAUCGCGGAAACAACCAAACUUUUUGAAACGGUGGUUGACGAAUUAAAGACAGAAAUAUCGAAGCUAAAGGCGGAGAACGAGGCCCUCAAAACUACAUGCAGACAAAAGGCGGAAGCGAGAACCUUUGCGAUCAGUGACUCCGGUCAAAGUAGCCUUUUGACGAUGCGGGAUUCUGCCGUUCAAUGUGACCGUGGCCAGCUUUUUCUGUUCGUGGAACCAGUGGGGCAAAUCAUGAACCAAGAAGGCGAACAAUGUCAAGGAGAGGAAGUGGUGUACCUUCUGCUCAAUAAUCAUGACAGUGACGCUGCAAAAGAAGGACAUUCAAGCCCGACAGUUUCCCUUCCAAACCACGAGGACUCAGAACCCACUGUAGUCAGCAGAAGCAUAUUGUGUGCAGAUCCACCACCAAUAUCCGCGUGUGGUUCUAAAACCGCUGGCCCUGAGACUCAACAGCAGUGUUCCAACGAAGAGCUCAAAAAACACCAUGGCACUCAAGUGGCCACAGUUCACCCUAGUUUGGAAGAGGAUCGCAAUUUACACGUGGCACGGAAUCAGUCAAUAGAGGCAGUAAGUUAUCUUAACUUACUUGGUACAGCGAGUGACAACAUGGAAGCGGCAUCUGAUUCAGCUCAAGCAUUAGCUGCACUGGGCGCCCAAGAGUUGGAGCCAUCACAGGUUCGAAUGACGCGAUUGUCAGGUGGGGAAACGGCAGUCCAUGAACAAAACGUUCAGUCAACAAUGCCGGAUAGACUGCCGGGAGAACAAAUAAAAUGUGGCGUGAUGGACGAUGAGACCAGGUGGGAAACAGAGGGGCAAGAAAACAAAGCCGGGAAAAAUAGAAAAAGUGUGAAAUGCCUGCCAAAGUCCCCAAAGGAAACACUUUUGUUCCCUUCAACCGUUGCUGACGGUGCGCUGCCCGAUGACGCGAACGGUUCAUCUAGUAGUCUCACGGCUUCAUCACCACAAGCGCGACCGCAUCCGCUCAGGAUACAUAAAAGCUCUGUCAUGCUCCAGGACGCGAUGCUACUCGUUGAAGCCAUGGGUCAGUCCAAGAAUCGUAUCUCGGCACAAGAAAACGCAACAGCCCAAGGCCAGUGUACGCCCUCUGUUGCGCGAUCGCCAUUACCUCACCAAGCGGCGGCACCGCAGUCACCACCAACCACCAACGAAAGCCACCAUGGCACAGAAGAAGAGUCACCAAGUGAGACAGCGUUUGACACUCGUACAACGGAACCCGGCAAUUCUCAGCCCCUCAGUCGAGAUUCUGCGGUGCCCCAACCAAAACACGGCGUUGAGCCUUCUGACAUGACCCCAACGUCAUUGUCGACUGCUGCAGUAAGCAACUCACUUGAGCAGUGCGCUCCCCAUCCUGGAAGUGUUUUGGCAGAACCAUCGGACACAACGGCGGGCUCGGACCUCGUCCCCCAAAAAAUCUUUGUGUUUUCCAAAACGCCAUCCUCCAAUUCACAAGGUAUGAUUGCCCCGCUGUCACCAAACCAGAUUUCAGCUGUUGUCUCAACAGUUGCUGCUGCCCAAAAUAAAUCUACAUUACCCGCGUCUUCCUCCGCUGGACUUCCUCAAAGGAAAAAUGACGCACCUUUGACAACAGUGUAUCCCUUUAUUAUGUCGAAACCAACGGUCAGCUCAACGGAGCAAAGCCCAGGCCCGACACCCUGCAAAAAAAUAACAAUAAUAAUUCGGCGAACUGCAGAUGUUGUGGCAAACCAGUCGCAACUGUCUGAGGCACAAGUUGCACCCACUCGCCCGAAUUCAAUCGGACCGGCCGUCACGUUGUCAUCGCGGCGCCCAGACGUCGGUGCUCAAGUGACUUCCGAUGAAAAGGAAACACUGCUGCUCACUGAACAGACACCGUUUAUUUUAUCGCUGUUGUCAUCCACACACCCGGAAUGCCCGUCGCGGCCCCCGAGCAGCGAUUGUGAGAGUUCAGAAAUACCUCGUGGGGAAGAAGCAGCAGCAAUCUCCGCUGGGAGCGUACCGAUAAACUCCCCGUUGUCAUCCCCGCAGGUAGACGGUUCGGCACAGCUGACGGGCCUUUGUGAAAGUUUAGAACGAACUCCGCCGCAGCAGGCAGCAACAUUGUCAACUGUGAAUAUACCGCAAAAGUGUUUUCCACUCGUUCCAGUAAUUCGACUAAAGAGGCUAUCAUAUCCGGUAUUGUCCACUGGAUCAGUUUUGGUUUCACAGCUGCUUUCUCGUGAAAGGAAAUCUGAAGUUGUCCCACCGGACGGCACCUCAUCUUUGGUCAAUGACCAGGCACCAAAGACAAUGCUGCAUCCAUCCGGAGCGGCUGCAUCAUCAAGCAGCGCGUGUCCCAAAACAAAAGAUGUGUUUGUUGCUCAAACUUCAAGUGUCUCGUCUGUGUCAGAGAAGGCGGUGCCAAGCUCCGCUUUGAGAGAGGCAGCGGCCCCUGCUUUGUCACCCUGCGCGCCUUCCAAUGCGUCUGAACCAGUCUCGGAGAAAACCGUGGACUUUGGCGAGACCGGGCUUUCCGCCGGAUCUGACCAAGCGUGUAAAACGGUUCCUCUGGAUGAGAAAGGAAUCAAAAAUGCGGAAAAGGACUUGGUUUCACAAAAUGACUUUUCAAAUCCUCUCCAAUCAACCCCAGUCACCAGGGAUCUAUCUGAACCUCAUUUACAACUGACGAAAACCGAGUUCCUUGCACAGUUGGCAGUGAUGCCUGUCAUUCAAGACGCCAAAAAGACAUCGAGCUCGGAGUCUGCAGAUGGCCAAAGCUCCUGUGAAGGGCCCGGUCCCGGUCGCAUGAGCAAGUCACACAGAAAAUCCUUUUUUGCCCGUCUCGGAGUUCACCUCAAAACGCGCUCGCAGGCUAGAAGAGCAAAAACAAAUGCGCGGCCACUUACAGAAGAAAUGGAUAUCCCUGAAAGGUCCACCAAGAAACCUAGAUUAGAGAACGCUGGCAGAAAUGAACACGAGUCCACCCACAAGCCUCGUCCUCUUCCCACAAACACAGCCAGUUCCUUGAGGCCCAGUGGAUCACGAACCGAAACGGAAUUUUCCCCAGCGAGUCUCGGCAAUCGGCGGCGUACAAACAUCAGUUCCCCCGAAAGUAAGACUCCAUUUGAGCCUGCGUCUGUUACCCCUCGCAAACCAAUUGUGAGUUUGUAUAGGCUAUCCCUAAAAGACACCAUAGAGCCACACGCCGAAAUAGAAGAGAAAUGUUGCAUUAAACAAGCUCCACCCGCUGCGGUGGUCACCAGACAGUCGAGCGCAAGUAAAGACGAGGAUGGCCCAAAUGAGUUGAAAGCGGCAACUGUGUGUCUGAAGUCAAAUCGAGUUCAAAACAUCACCACCCCUUCGAAGACUAAAUUCCCAGCUAAGAGUCGUAAGACGUCGCUCUCUCCUAAAGAAAAUGCCAGCGUUGAAAAAAUCCAUGCAAAUUGUCCUCCAGGCCCGUCUGCCCAUGCAAAGACUUUCCCUUCUUCUCUAAGGAUGAAAUCAAUCGGAGCUCAUCCUCCACCCCGGUUAACUCCGGUCAGUCAGACUGAUUCCAGUUCAAUUCCAAAUGACCCCAGACCUCAACCUUGCCAUUCCAACUCUAUCAGGAAUUGCAUCUUCUCUAGAGGAGAGAAAACCUCCAAACAAGAAUCAGAUACGUUCCUGCGCAAAACCGCAUCUCCAAAAUGGACUGAAAAUGGGGCCGGUUCCAGUAAGAUUGAAGCAGGUACUGCCCAGAAGUCCAGUUUAAAUCAAAAGUCUCCUGCGGAAGAAAAUAACAUAAAGGGACAGAAUGCAAAGAAAUUAGCCAAAGCGGCAAGAAGCAAGGAGGUAGGAAAAGACUCUCAGACAAAAGGAAUGAAAAUGAAGCAGCCAAUCAACCAUCAUGCCGAUGAUAAAAGGAGAAACAAAUACACUUCCGACACGGUUUGCACUCCUAAAGUGCGAGCCCGCAAAGCAAUGCGGCCAGAGCCUCGGGCCGCCGCGCCGCCCAUGCGCCAUCGAUCCGGCAAUGGGAAGAAGCUGCUGAAGAACCAGUGCGAGGAAUGCGGCCGCGUUCUGAGCAGUAGCGCGGCCCUGGAGAGCCACAUCAGUCUCCACACCGGCCACCGGCCCUUCUGUUGCACGCGCUGCGGCAAGAGCUUCCCCGACGCCAAGGGUCUGAAGCGCCACGGCCAAGUUCAUUGCAACGGCAGGCUCCAUAUUUGCCAGCAGUGUGGGAAGGGUUUUGUCUACGGUUUCGGCCUCAACAAACAUCUCCAGAUGGUCCACGGCAAACGGAAGCCCUUUGUCUGCCAGCUCUGCAACAAAGCGUUCUUCACAAAGCGAGACGUGGAGACCCACAUCCGAACUCAUACGGGGGAGAAACCGUUCCACUGCCACCUGUGCGAAAAGAAAUUUGUCAGGAGCGUCGAGCUCAACGCUCAUCUGAGGUGGCAUCGCGGCGAGAAAAGACACUGGUGUCCGUAUUGCGGGAAAGGAUUUUUCGACCAGAACAACCUCAAAAGGCACAAGUAUAUCCAUACUGGGGAGAAACCACAUUCUUGCCCCCACUGCCCGAAACACUUUACACAGUCUGGACACUUGAAGAAGCAUGUUAAAAAUGUGCAUAAAGUGCAAUGAUGAGUGAGCCUGUAGGAAUCUUUUCAUACUAAUGUCUCUUGUGAUAGUUGUUUUUUUUUUUAAUGUAACAGUAACUGGUCUUGGUUCGUUACUUAUUGUAAGUACAGUGUAUGUUAGUUUUAUUGACAGAAUAUGUAAAGCGAUGAAAUGAAUCAACAUUUCUGCCGAGUUUGUCGUAGAUGCUAAGGGCCUGAAACGUUCUCAGAAACGUUUGCAUCAAAACUGAUAGCUGUCAGUUGAUGAGGCGUAGCGAAUGGCAAGCUCAUCAAAUCAACAAAUGUUUACAUGCGGGUGCUGAUAGGAAAUUGGUGGUUGAAAAAUUGGGUGCUUCCUUUUAGAUAGGCCGUUAUUCUACAGUGGCUCAAUGAAAAUGGGCCGCUCCACACGUGUGAUGGAUCUGAUGCUGAUUUUGUGUCUGCGUUUCCAACUUGUGUGCGAAGUAAGAACACAUCUCCGAAUUUCUUUGUGAUUAAGGCUCUCGCUCUCUUUGAUGAUGCAGUGUGAAUGGUUGAACAAAGAGCCCGUUUGGGGUCUCUGUCAAGUGAUGAUUUUGGAGCUGUGAGGCUUUAGCGGUACGUAUUUAUUAUUUAAAUAAAUAUUAUAAAUAAAUAGAAGGCACAGAGAAUUGCCAUUCUUUACAUGUCACCACAAGGAAAAUGCUAUAUUGGGAUCAAUAUAAGCAUGGAAAAUUACCUGUAUCAGGAUAUACAUUUGGACCAUAUGGCACACCUUAAGGUUUCGCGCUUUUUAACGUUUUUUUUUUGUACUACAAGUACUAAAUAGCAUUUUUGCGUUGUUUCGCAAAAUGGGUUUCUAUGGUGAACAAUCCAAUAUUCUCUCAACAGCA